AAAUCGGGCCUAUGUCGGUUGACGUCGUCGUUGUUGAGUUUUGUUCUUCGUGUUUUGGUGCAGCAGAUCGCGCGAGCUGACGACGAGUGAAGGCGACGCGUGUGUGUUGUUUUGAAAACGGACGUUUCUACGGAUUGACGAUUGGAACUCAAGAAGGACGCACGACGAGCUUCCUGUUGUGAGUGUUUGUUGGAGGCAGGCGAAUCGAUUUGUCUGGGAGCCGUUGUUGUUUAUGAGUUUUUCGGGGGGCCGCAGUGAUUUUGCAUACCUUUGGCGGUUGGGUUUUUCGAUACGAUUUCUGGUGUUAAGAACCAUGUUCGAUAGAGAAGUUUUUCGAUAGAGAAGUUUCCCGGCAAGACCGGGUCUUAGGUUCGUGAAUGGUGAAACUUAACACCCAAACGGAAUGUUGAAGAAACGUUAGACCGGCUACGUUAUCGAAAGCUUUUGUCUAAGUAGAACGAAAACACCAAGUGAUUUGUUGAUUUCGGUGAUUUUUUCGUUCAUUUCUUUCGUUUGCCAUGAAUGUUCCAUAAGACGUGUGCCAAUGCUUGGUAAGGUGGUGUAUUUUUGGGAUUCCAUUUCCGGGAAGAAAGCUGAAGAGUCACAGCAGCAAAAGAAGAAAAGUGGUUCUAAUUUGAGCGUUCGAAGAAUAUCCCACAGUGUGUGAAUGGGGGCCAGAGGGAAAACCUUUUGAGUGAAAAUGAGCCGAAACCGCUAAUGGUUGUUGGACCCGGGAAAAUUGCACCAUUAGAACCGCAUUGUUUCUAAUUUACAGCAAAGAGAGAAACAAAAAAUUGGUCGGAAAGAAAUUGAAUUUUAUGUUCAACCGACAAAAAAUGUGCCAAGAGUGCUAGCCAGCAUUUGAAGAAAGUGUGUCAUCUAAUGUGCAGCCCGGCCCAGAAUCAUAACCGCAGAUCACCGAAAAUCUUCGCGCGGGCGUAGGAGUUUAGAAGAAUGAAACCAAACUCUCGACGCUUGAAUGGUUUGAGUCGAGCAUAAAAAGCAUAAGGGAAGAAAAAAUUGAAUGAGCUCUCACUCUCCCUGGGCCGCAUAUUGUUAUGCUAAUGUCAGUGUUUAACACAAAUUUCACGACCGGCAAUAAAGUGCGUGAGCCCAGGCUCUGCGGUGUGGUUAUUGAGAAGUGAAUAGUGAUAUGCUCGAAACCUUGUUAUUCACACCGUCUAGCGUAGUCCCGCUCAAAGAAGAAAAAAAAAUAACGGAGAAGAUUAAAGGGAGAGGGGAAAAUAUUCAUACGAACAGUGCUUAAUCCAUACGUUUAAGUUCGCAUUCCGUGUGGGAGUGAAUCUAAAUCAAUUCGAUUGUUGCAAACGUUCCGGCGAGCGUUAAAGUGGAAACGGAAUUUAUGCUCAUCAGCUGACAAACUUCGUUUAAGAAGAAGAAACUCGAGAUUAGAUGCCAACGACAAAUCGGGAACGGAAAUUGAAGCUUCGCCCGAUCUUAAAGUUUUCGAGCCAACGUCGGCUGCCGAGAGUUAGAAUCAUCUAUGUACAUUUGAGAGGCAGGCUACAGUGUUUAGUUAUUUAGUGUUUGUCGAAAAUGACGUAUUUAGACCGAAAUCUCAGCACCAUUUGAAUGCACCAACGUCCGAAUAAAAUCAGCUGAAGGGCUGAACGAAUGGUAGAAAAGAAAACUCAAAAAUUGGAAAGAAUAGCCCUCAUUGAGGGGUUGAAGCGACAAAAAAAAGCAGCAACCGAGGGAACCAAAUUAAAUCGGGAACGCAAACCAAAUAGCAACAACAGACCAGAACAGAGUCAGCAACGAGGUUUUUGGCAAAACAAAGGAAAAACAAGUCAGAAGACGUAAAUUUAGUUGAAUAAUGAGAAUACGCAGCCCGGGUCAUCUCGUUGUCGCCGUUGUUGCAGAGAAAAAGGGCUGAACAGUUGAUUUUUCCCCCUUCUGGUUUGCUCCCUUAGUCAAAUUUCUAUAUUUGCCAAGGCUGAUGAGUUUUUAACGGGAAGAGUACGAUAAAUAAGUUUUAAGCCUGGUUUAUGCAACGGAAUUAACGUUUAGUCCAGUGAUUGAGUAAAAGCAACUAAAAAGCAAGCUUAAAGAUAGCGUGCCUGCAGCUGUUGUGGUCGCGGGGAGAAAAAUUGGCCCAACAAAAAGUCGAGCAACAACUUUUUUCCAACAUCCUACCCAAAAAGGAAAAAUAAUCUCAAAGCGUUUUGAAGAUGGGUGAUUCCGGCAGCAGCGGAUCUUCGUCUCGGUCGUUUUCGUCGUCUUCGAAGUUGUUGUCGCAAUCGCCUGGCAUCUAAUUGAAACCCAUCAACAACGUGUCGCGUCUCCCGGGAUCCAACAGGCUUUCCAGUGUGACCGAGUGUCAAAGUUACUUAAUAUCAAGCCGUGACGGACGGACGAGGAAAAAUCUCCCACGCACAUACAGACCCUCCUCCCUGGAGAUUUCCAGAGGGGCCCAAAAGUUAUCCAUCGCGUGAAGAUUGAAUGAGCUGCUGGGGGAAGAAAGAGUGAAAACCAACCGCUCAGCACCAUUUAUCUCAUUCACGACGUCGACGAAACAACACCAGAAACGAGUUUCGGCAGAUAACUUCCAUCAUGACAUCAGCAGCAGCAUCACAAGCAGCAAUCCCCCGGAGUCGAGGGACAUUGUUAACCGGUGGCCAGAUGACCUCCCGGACCUACAACUUCAGGCAUCUUUUCCUGCUUCUGCUCCUCCUUAUCAGCAUACCCCGGCCGAUAAUUGGAUUCUGUCCAUCACUUUGUACCUGCGAGGCGGACCAGAACAAUCUCCGGACGUCCUGCAUCAACGCGUCCCUGGAGGUGGUCCCGAUUCAGCUCAACCCGGAGGUGCGACAAAUCAACUUGAGCCGCAACGCAAUCACCAACGUUCACUUCACACUCGGGUUCUACUAUCAGCUGGAGAUCCUGGACAUCUCCCACAAUCGCCUUGACUCCCUUGGAUCGAAAAAUUUCGAGUCCCAAGAGAAACUUAGAAUCCUUAACUUAACAGACAACCUCCUAACUUCCCUCUCAAAAGACACCUUCAAGGGGCUCAAAUCCUUGCAAAUCCUGCUACUCUCAAACAACCACAUAGAGAAAAUACACCCAACUUCCUUCCACGGCCUUACAGCGCUUCUAACCCUAGAUCUAACCAAUAACCAAAUCGUAAGCUUCGAGGAUCAUGUCUUUAAACCGAUCCCAACGCUGGAGAAACUCAUCCUCGAGAACAAUCAGCUACUUGAGGUUCCCAACCAGGCCAACCUAGAACACCUCAAAGCACUGAAAAGGUUAGAUCUUUCAGUAAACUUGAUCGAGUUUGUGGCCAACGAUAGCUUUGAAGCGCUGCGGGAGCUGAGGGCGCUGAAUCUGGCCGGGAAUGUACUAACCGAGCUGGAUUUGGGUGCCUUCAAUGGACUGAACGCGCUCAAACAUCUGGAUAUGGCGGAUAAUAAUCUGACGAUUAUCCCAACGAUUCAGCUGUCGAAGCUGUACAAUUUGACUUCCAUGUCUCUCAGCGGAAACUCUUUCCAAAACCUUCCGGCCGUUUCGUUCCUGAACCUAUUCCACCUGCGAGAGCUGCACCUUAACCGGCUGGAUCGACUGGAACGAAUCGAUGCAAGAGCAUUUGUGGACAACACCUACUUGCAGAUCCUGACUCUGGAUGACAAUCCAAUCUUCAGUGAUCUGCCCCUAAGGUUAUUCCAUGGGAAUCCUAACCUGAUAGACAUUUCGAUGCGACGAAAUGCACUUCUCACAUUGGAUGCGGUGCAAUUUCCUUUGGAUCGACUACAGCGAUUAAAAUUGGCCGGAAAUCCUCUGGUUUGUAACUGCUCCAUCCGGUGGCUUUGGCGAUUGGUCACCGGAACUGUUGAUGAAGACGACCUGGAUGGAGUUGGUAUGGUGGGGAGGAGUGGAGAUAGCUUGAGUAAUAUAACUACGGUGUUGAUGAUGGACAAAGACGAGAUUGGCUGUGACUUGAACGAGGAUGGGAUGGUGACAAGGAGGACUUUAAGGAAUAUGUCCGAGAGUGACAUCAACUGUCCGGCUCAUUUAGUGACAAUUUUAGGGGCUAUGUGCGGAAUAGUUUGCGUUGCUUUGGUAGCUUGUUUGGUGAUAGUUUACAGGCGAAAGGUUCGUCAAAAAAAGAAGAUCCUUCAGGAAAGAAAGAACGUUCACGAGAGGAUAGUUCCUCAAAAGGUAGACAAACUGGAACUUGAACGAUACUUAGCUCAACAGGUCCUGGCCAAUGAUUACCGGGAACUUAGAUCUUGUGAGAUUCCAGUUCGCUACGAUGGGAAAUGUCCAACCCAACCCCUGCACACUCCAGAUCCGGAAGAAUCGGACCAUUACGAGAACAUUGAUUACCUUCAGCACCAACGAGCCUUGAGUCAUCACGCUCAUCCGUACCACGCCAAUCAACAUCCGCAUCCGUACCAUCAGCAGCAGCAGCACCAUCUGCACUCAUCUGGGGUCCCAGCGAUGACCCUACAGCAUCCGGGACAUUACCCCCAGAAAUGCCCAUCUGCAGCAGCACAUCCAGCAUCCAACACCAACACACUUCCAGUGCCUCAGACAGCCCAAAGUCAACACCAGAAUCAGCAACAUCAAAAUCAACAAAAUAGUAGACAUCAGAACACCAAUCAUGCGUAUUCCCCAAACUUCUUCAUCUACGUGCUGUAUUCCCACUUCAUUUUUCUGUUGUUGAUAUUAUGAUGAACUAAAUUUGUCACAACAUCUAAGUUCAUCCAAGAGAACGAAGCUCAACUGCUUGCUGUUAUAGGAAAAAUGCAUUCAUUCAUCAUUAGGUAUUUCAGAUUCGCUAGUGCAAGAUUCUAAUCAAUCAACUUCAAAGGUGCUCUCACCAAAACCAUCUCGGAUACAUCGAUCAUUGUUUGUUUGUUUUAAACUAAUUGAAAUAGAGAAAAAAAAGUUCAAAGCAUUUACGAAAGUUCCCAUCUGUUCGAUAACUUGCUAAAGCAAUGGAGGUCUAGGUCUGUUAUUUUUAUUUGAAAUUUUUUAUUAUCCCGACCAAAAACUGAGAACUGAACUGGAACCCCUCAAAACACUCAGAGUUUUUAGAAAUUAUAAAGUUUUGAUAAUUCUUAGAUAUUUCAGAACUUUUAGAACUCUGGAAGCUCUCAGAGUUUCAAGAACUCUUAGAACUUAGUACUCUCAGAUUUCUCAGAGCUCUUAACCAUCUAGAAGAAUUUUGAGGAUAAUCAGAUUGUGUCAGAAUCAUAUAAUUUCCAGAGAGCUCUAUCUGAGAAAUCUUUGAACCCUCACAACUCUUCAAACCCACAGAAAACUCGUAACAUUUGGAUUUUGAAAGCUAACGAAAGUGUAAAAUAACUGAAGCUUCACGGUCUAACGAAGAUCUUAGACCUUUCAGAAUUCUGAGAACUCUCAACAUUCUCAUGAACCUCAAAACUAUUCAAAUUCUCAAAACUCUCAGAAUAGCCAGAAUUGUCAGAAUCCUCAUAAGUCUAAGGUUUUUCAAAAUUUUCUCAACAAUCUGAAUUCUUAAGACUCGCAGAAAUCUCUCGAAACUCUCAAAUCUCUCUGAGUUCUCAGUGCUAUCAGAAUGUUCAAAUCUUUAACCCGUUCGUCACCUUGGGACCCAUAUUCGGGUGACGGGUGUAUUUUCUGGGAGGCCCCGCCACAUCAAAAAUGUGUGACGCUCUCUUACUCUAGUUAGCCGGUCAGUUUAGCCACACGUUUAAAAUCUUGUAGUUCUCCCUUUUUAUUUUCUCGCUCCGAGAAUUUUUUUUGGGCCCAGCUAGUUAAACUACCAGCGUGGCGACGAACGUGUCAAGUCGGUAAAGAAUUUCCAUAAGGUACGGAACUCUCAGAUCUCUCAGAACAACCAUAGCUCUCAAAACUCUUGGAGCUAUUGAUACUCUCAGAAAUUUCAAAUCUUUAAGAGCAUUCAGAGUUCCUAGAACUUACAAAUGCUCUCAAAAUGUCAGUUACUCUAAGAGCUUCUAGAACUUUAUAAGUUUUCUGAGAAUUUUCAUUAAUCUCAGGCUAAUCAUAAAUAUAUGAUAAUUCUGAGAGUUUUGUAAAUUCUUAGAAUAAGGAGAACUGUGAACUGUGUUUUGAAAGUUUAAGAAUUAUGAAAAUUUUGGAAAAUAGGAUAACCGUGAGAAUUUCUUGGGACUGAGAUAAAUAAAAGGAAAAGAUACGUCAAUAAUCACACAAAAUGUGGUAAAAUGUGGAAAUUUGAGAGCAUUUGUGGCAUUUGUGUGCGUAAAAAUGAAAAGAUUUAUGUUUAAAUGAGAGAACCCAGAGAGAGAUGAAAAGUACUGAAUUAUUGCAAUUCGUUGCAAAUUGUGAAACAGUUGUGGAAUUUUUAGGAUAACCAUUCCGAAUGCAAAGAAUUCUCUUUAUAUUGCAAUCCCCCGGAGAAUUUAAUAGCAUUCACAUAUCUUAAAACUUCCAGAACUCUCAGAAUUUUUGGAACACUCAAACUCUCAGUGGGAUAGAGAAACAACAGUGAGAGAUCAAUGGUGGGAACACAUGUGAGAUAUUCAAGGAGUGCAGGGAUGCCAAAAUUGAAUUUUAAAAUCAGGGACUGGUGGAAUGAAAAUCAGAAUACGUCAAAGUUACGGAAACUUCCUCCAGUUCCUUCCAAUACAUUUCUUUUAUCGCAUUUGUAACAAUCAGGCAAAAUCAGGCUUAUUUUCAAAAAUCAGGGACAUCCGAUGGCUUAUCAGGUUGUCAGGAUAAGCCUCGAAAAAUCAGACAAUUCCUAAGAAAAUCAGGCAAAUUGACGUCUCUGAUAAAGUGUAUCGAUAGAAAAUCAAGCAGUCGACCGAUAGAGCUCGACUAGUACGCAUACUGAUGCCUGUUUCGUUACGUUCAUCGUGGUGUUAUUGGCUAACGCGCCGCUGUACUGAAGUGAAAAUUGCGGGCUCGAGUCUCGUUGGUGAACCGUUGUAUUUUCUUCAAGAAUAUCAUGGUAUGAACGGCUUGUGAUCGUUCUUUCUUUGAUAUCUCAUUUUUUUCAAUAUUUUCCAUCACUUUUGAGAAUCUGAGAACCUGAUAAUCUGAGAAUCUGAGAAUCUGAGAAUCUGAGAAUCUGAGAAUCUGAGAAUCUGAGAAUCCAAGAAUCCAAGUAUCUGAGAAUCUGAGAAUCUGAGAAUCUGAUAAUCUGAGAAUCUGAGAAUCUGAGAAUCUGAGAAUCUGAGAAUCUGAGAAUCUGAGAAUCUGAGAAUCUGAGAAUCUGAGAAUCUGAGAAUCCAAGAAUCCAAGUAUCUGAGAAUCUGAGAAUCUGAGAAUCUGAUAAUCUGAGAAUCUGAGAAUCUGAGAAUCUGAGAAUCUGAGAAUCUGAGAAUCUGAGAAUCUGAGAAUCUGAGAAUCUGAGAAUCUGAGAAUCUGAGAAUCCAAGAAUUCAAGAAUCUGAGAAUCUGAUAAUCUGAGAAUCUGAGAAUCUGAGAAUCUGAGAAUAUGAGAAACUAAGAAUCUGAGAUUCUGAGAAUCUAAGAACCUGAGAAUUUGAGAAUCUGAAAAUCUGAAAAUCUGAGAAUCUGAGAAUCUGAAAAUCUGAGAAUAUAAGAAUCUGAGAAUCUGGGAAUUUUGAGAAUAUAAAAAUCUGAGAAUCUGAGAAUUUGAUAAUCUGAUAAUCCUAGAUUCUGAGAAUCUGAGAAUCUGAGAAUCUGAGAAUCUGAGAAUCUGAGAAUCUGAAAAUCUGAGAAUCUGAGAAUCUGAGAAUCUGAGAAUCUGAAAAUCUGAAAAUCUGAGAAUCUGAGAAUCUGAGAAUCCAAGAAUCUGAUAAUCUGAGAAUCUAAGAAUCUGAGAAUCUGAGAAUCUGAGAAUCUGAGAAUGUAAGAAUCUGAGAAUCUGAGAAUCUGAGAAUCAGAGAAUCUGAGAAUCUUAGAAUCUGAGAAUCUUAAAAUCUUAAAAUCUGAGAAACUGAGAAUCUGAUAAUCUGAUAAUCUGAGAAACUGAGGAUCUGAGAAUCAUAGAAUCUUAGAUUUUUCAGAGUAAUCAGAACUUGUAAAACUCCAAGAAUUUUCAUAACUCUCAUUGUUUUCAGAGCUCUUAGAAUUCUUUUAACUUUUUUCAGAAUACUCAGCCUUCAGAACUCAAAGAAUACUCAAAACUUCCAGUGCUUUUUAAAAUCUAAGAAUUUACCAAGUGUUCUGAAAUUUAAUCUGUUUAGUCUUAAUGCUUGAAUUCUUUGAACCGUUGAUUUUUUUUUGAACUUCUGAAAACUUCAUGAACUCGCGGAAUCUUAGUAGAAACUAUCACGACACACAGACUUCUCGGGCUUCUGAGAACUUUCAGAUCUCUUAGAGCUCUUAUUAUUCCUAAAAUGUUAACUGUUUAUUUUAACAUGAAUUUUCAGAACUUUCAUAGCUCUCAUUAAAAACUAUGUGUUAAAAUCAAAGAACUCCGAAUUAGGAACUCAGAAAUCAUAGAUACUAAAAAAAUUGGACUUACGCUGAGUUUUUCAAAAAAAUCUUAGAACAGAGAAAUCAGACUCCAGAGUUCGGAACUCACGAAUCUGAAAUGUAAAAGUUGAAUACUUAUCUCUUCGCUCUGAACUAUUAGCUUAGAGCUCUGAACUUCGAACUUUGAACAUAGAUCUUUGAACUUUCUAUUUUGAACUCCGAAAUUUGAAACUUCGAAUGAAAGAACUUUGAACUUCGAACUUUGAUCUUCAAAAUCUGAUUUCAGAACUUUGUACUGUGAACUCCUGAGUUUGAAGUCUGAACUUUGAACUCGAAGUCCUUUAUUUCGAGCUCUGAGCUUUGGACUGGAAACAAUAAAUUCAGAAUUUUGAACUCUAAAUUCUUAAGUCAGAGUUCAGAACUCUGAGCUUUGAUCUCUGUUAUCUUAACUCUGAACUAUGAACUUAGCACUCAAAACACUCCACUCAGAACUCUGCGUUCUGAAAUUUGAACUUUGCACUUUGAACUUUGAAAUCCGAACUUUGAACUCAAAACUUAGAACUUGGAGCUCUGAAAUCUGUAUAGUUGAAAUUUGAACUCUGAACUCUGAAUUCUGGACUCUGAACUCUGAUCUCAAAACCAAGAACUGAGAAUUCAAAAUAUGGAUCUCGUAAUUCAAAACUAAGAACACAAAACACAGCUAGAAAUUGGAAACUGAAAAUUUCGGAAGUCAAAACUCCAAACUUUGAACGUUCAGCUUUAAAUUCAGAACUCUAAGCUUUGACCUUCCAAUUCUGAACUCUGAACAUUGAACUCUAAACUCAGAGCUCUGUACUCUGAACUCUGAUCACUGAAUCCUGAACUCUGCAAUCUUAACUCUAAACUCUGAAGUCUAAACUUCGAACUGAGAGCUCUGCACUCAGAGCUCUGCUCUUUCAACUCUGAAAUCUCAACUCUAAACUCUGAACUCUAAACUAGGAACUCAGAACUCUGCACUCAGAACUCUGCACUCAGAACUUUGCCCUCUAAACUCUGAACAUUAAGCUUUGAACUCCGAACUCUACACGUUCAAUUCUCCAAACUCUGAACUCAGAGUUCUUAAAUCUGAAAUCUGAACUCUGCAAUCUUAACUCUGUGCUCUAAAUUUCGAACUCAGAACUCUGAGCUCUGAACCUUGAACUUUUAACUUCGCACUUGAAACUCAAAACUUAGAACUUCGAGAUCUAAAAACUGAACUUUGAAAUUUUAACUCUGAACUCUGAAUUCUGAACACUGAACUCUGAAUACAAAACUCAGAGUUGUGAAUUGAAACAUUGAUCAUCAAAUUGAAUACUCAGAACUCAAAACACAGCUAAAAACUGUAAACUAAAUAUUUCGGAUUUGAAAACUUCUAACUCUGAACUUUGAACUAUCAACUCAAAACGCUAUACUAUGAACUUAGGCCUCUCAAUUCUGAACUCUAAACUUAAAACACUGCACUCCGAGCUCUGCACUCAGAACCUAGAACUGUGAACUCUGAACUCUCUUCUGAACUCUAAAAUCUUAACUCUUAACUCUGAGCCUUGAAAUUGAAACCAGAAUACUGAUCUCAGAACCCUGCCCUCUGAGCUCUGAAUUCAUAAUCUUUGAAUUCCGAACUCUGAACGUUAAACUCAGAAGUUUUCAGAGUUUAGAAACUCUGAACUCAGAUUUCUAAACUCUGAAAUCUGAGCUCUGCUAUCUUAACACUGAACUCUAAACUCACAACUCAGGACUCUGCACCCUGAUUUUAUAACUUUGAACUUAGAAUUUGACUUCAUAACUUAGAAUUCUGAGACCUGAACAUUGAAAUUUGAACUUCGAACUCUGAACUCUGAACUCAAAACCCAAAAUAAAUAAUUUAAAACAUAGAUCUCAAAAUUCAACACUCGGAACUUAAAACACAGCUUUAAACUGGAAACAUAUGAUUUGAAAAUUCAAAACUGCAAACUCAGAACUUUGAGCUUCAAACUCAGGACGAAAUACUCUGAACUUUGACUUCUAAUUCUGAGCCCUGAACACUAAACUCUUAGCUCAAAUUUUUGCACUCGGAACUCUUUACUCCGAACUUUGCAUUUAUAACAUUAAACUAUGAACUAUGAAGUCAGAACUCUGAACUCUGAACUCAGAACUUUGAACUUUGAAUUUUGAAUUUGAAUUUCUGAACUCUGAGCUCUAGACUUUGAUCUUUAAAUUCAGAACAUUUAAUUUUUAUUUCAGAACUCCGAAUUCUGAGUUCUGAAUUCCCAAUUUUAUACUCUUAUUUAUGAAUUCUUAACUCUAAAACAUUAACUCCUAACUCUGAACUUUACACUUUGAACUCAGAACUCUGCAUUCUGACCUCUAAGCUUUUCACUGCAAACUUAGAACGUUCAAUUCAGAUCUCAGCCCUCUGAACACUGAGUCUAAGCUAUAAAAUUUUAACUCUGUAAUCAAAACUCUGAACUCUGAACUCAUCACUUUGAAUUCUGAACUCGGAACUUUGAACUUUAAGCUUUGAACUCAAAACUUCGAGCAUUGAGCUCUGAAAUUUGAACUUUGAAAUUUGAACUCUGAACUCUAAAAUCUGAAUUCAGAACACUGAAUCCAGAAUUCAAACCCAGAAUUGUGAAUUGAAACUUAGAUCGCAAAAUUGAACACUCAGAACUCACAGCUAGAAACUGGAAAUUGGUUAUUUCGGACUUCAAAACUUCAAACUCUGAACUUUGAACUUUCAACUCAAAACUCUACACUGUGAACUUUGAUCUCUCAAUUAUGAAUUCUGAAGUCUUAACUCUAAACUCUGUACUCUGUACUCUGCACUCUGAACUCUGAACUCUUAACUCCGAACUUAAACUGUGCAUUCUGAAGACUGAAGUCUGUACUCUGAACUCCGAACAUUGAAAUCAAAGAUCUCAACUCUGAGCAUUCAACUCUGAGCUGUGGAUUGUAAACUAUAAAUCCAGAACUUUGAAUUAUAAAUUGUGAAAUCUGAAACCUGAACUCCGAUUUCUGCAUCCUGAACUCUGACAUCUCAACUCUGAACUCUGCCUCUAAACUUUGCACUCAGAACUCUACACUCAGAACUCUGCCCUCCAAGCUCUGAACUUUGAACUCUAAGCUUUAAACUUUAAAAAUUAAAAUCAGAACUCUUUACUCUGAACUCAGAGUUCUUAUCUCUGAAAUCUGGACUCUGCAAUCUUAACUCUGAACAACAAACUCAUAACUUUGUACUCUGCACUCUGAAUUUUGAGCUUUGAACUUCGAACUUUGAACACAGCACUUUGAAAUUCAUGACUUAGAAUUCUGAUAUCUGAUCUUUCAAAUAAAACUCUGAACUCUGAACUCUGAAUCAAAAACCCAAAAAGAUAAUUCAAAACCUAUAUCUCCAAAUACAAUACUCAGAACUCAAAACACAGCUAGAAACUGGAAACUGAAGAUUUUGGAAUUUAAAACUCCAAACUCAGAACUUUGAGCUUUAAACUCAGAACUCUUAACUCUGAAUUUUGUCCUCUCAAUUAUGAACUCUGAACACUAAAUUCUACACUUAGAAUUAAGAGCUCUGAUGUUCUGAAUUCUGAGCUUUUAACUCUGCGCUCUGGACUAUGAACUUUAAAUUCAUAACUCCAUACUCAGAAUUUUGAGCUCUGAAUUCUGAACUGUGAGUUCUGAACUCUGAACUCUGGACUCUGAGCUCAUAAGCUUUGAAUUCCGAACAUUGAACGUUUAAUUCAGAACUCGUAGCACUGAUCUCAGAGUUUUGAGCUCUGAAAUCUUUACUCUGUCCUUUAAACUUAGAACUCAGAACUCUGCACUCUGAAUUUUGAAUUUUUAACUGCGACCUUUGAACUAAAAACUUAAAGCUUUGAGCUCUGAAAUCUAAAUUUUGAAAUUUGAAUUCUUUACUCUGAACUCGGAACUCAAAACCCAGAAUUGAGGAUUCAAAACAAAGAUCUAAAAAUUUAAUAGUAAGAACUCAAAACACAACUAGAAACUGGGAGCUGAAGAUUUCAGAAUUCAAAACUUCAAACUCUGAUCUUUGAGUUUUUAACACAGAUUCCGAUACUCUGAACUUUGAUCUCUUAAAUCUGAACUCUGAACUUCGCACUUUGAACUCAGAACUGUGAACUUUUAAUUUUGAACUAUGAACUUUGAUCUCUGAAAUCUGAACUCAUAGCUUAGAACUCUGAACUCUGAAGUCUUAAAUCUAUACCUUGAACUCGAAGCUCUGAAUUUUGAGCUCUGAACUCUGAACUCUAAUCUUUGAACACUGAAUCUGAGCUAUGAACUUCGAACUCCUUUUUCUUUGGAGGUUCUCGUUCUCGUUGAUGAAAAAAAAAGAACUUUGAACUUUUUUCUUUGAACUCCGAAUUAUGAACAAUAAAUCCAGGGCUCUAAACUCUAAUCUCUGAGCUCAUCUGUGAAACCUGAACUCUGAAACCUGAAAUCUGAAAUCAGAACUUAGAACUCUGCACUCUGAACUCCGAGCUCUGAAUCCCGAACUCUGUGCUCUAAGCUUCGAACUUUAAACUCAGAACUCUGCUUCCUUUACAUUGAUCUUUUAAAUCUGAACUCUAAAUCUGAGCUCUGAAAUUUGAAUUCUAAACUUUGAACUCAGAACUCUGCACCAAUGCUGCUCUCUGAUCUGAACUUUGAUCUGUAAAAUCCGAACCUGAGCUUUAAACUCUGAACUCUAAACUCUAAUCUAUUAAUUUCUUAACUCUGAAAUCUGAGCUCUAAACUCAGAACUCUGAACUCUGAGUUUCGAACUUCAAUUUUUAAAUUCAGAACUUGGAACUUUAAUUUCAAAACUAAGAGCUUUGAAUUCUGAAAUCUGAACUUUGAAUUCGGAAUUCUAAGAUCUGAACUCUAAACAAUGAACUCAAAACGUAGAAUUGAGAAUUCGAAACAAAGAUCUCAAAUUUCGACACUCAAAACUCAAACCUUUCAAUUCUGAACUAUGAAUGAAUAUUGAACUCAAAAGUUAGUACUAUGCAUUCUGAACUUCAAACUUUGAAUUCAGAACUUUGAACUUUGUACUCUGAAUUUUGACCUUUAAAAUCUGAAAAUUCAACAUAAAGAGAACUCAGAAUUAUGAACUUAACACUCGAACUUGAAAUUCAAAAACACCGAUAUGAGCACUGAAAAUCCAGAAUGGAAAUCUCAGAAAACCAAACUGAACUUAUUUUGAAGUGAUUUUUUUUGUUUUCAGAUCACAGGCCUAAAUCGACCAUUGAAAACUGAAACACCAACGUUGCAUAACAAUCAUUUACAAUCGCAAAUAGUCAAGUCAGAGAAAGAAAAGAAAAUGAAUUUGUAGGGUUCAUUUUAUAUUUACACCGAUUGAAUCGUUCAUCAUUUCAUAAUAUAGUUAUGAUUGAAAUGGAAAUUGAUAAAAUGUUCACCACAACCGAAUAAAGCAUUCUCACAAAAGACAAUUCAUAUUCACCCGUUGUAAGCGACGAAAACAUAACAGAAUCAUAAUAAAAAAUAGUUUAUAAUAAGUAGUAUAGUUAAAAUAAACUUAUUCACAAACAAAAACAGCAACAGUAACAGCAACAAAAACACGAAGAAUAUAAUCUAUUUUGUACAGACCAUUUUCAUAUUUGUAAGUCACCGAGAAAAAAUGAAAUUCCCACAAAACUUUAAUCAAAUUGUACAGUUUUUGUCCAUCGAAAGAUGCAAUAAUGUAAAUAACCUUACUAAUGAUUAAAACACGACAUAGCUUCUUAAAAAAAGAUAUAAAUAUAUGUUUCCCCAAUCUUUCCUGUUUUGUUUAAAGCCAAGCCAUCUGUAAGCUUCCUUUGCCAUAUUAGUGUUUAAGUUUACGUCGAUAGGGAAAAAUGUUUUUGUUUUAACAAGAUUUCGUUAAUAAAUUAUAGGCAAACAAAAUCUGAUGAAAAACUUUCAAAGCAAUCGUUAUCCGUACUUAUUGAAAUGAGAUAAAAAAAAACAAUAACUAAAUUACGAGUCAACAAAGUGAUAUAAUCUCGUUUACUUUUUUGAAAGAAAAAAAACAACAACUGAAACUUGUAGGGUUAGGUAAAAAAAAUGAAACUACAUUAUGGAUGAAAAAAUACGCUAUUUCUCUACCAAUAUAUUUCUUAAACGGUACGUUCUAAAUAAGCUGAACAAAAAAAAUAAAGUAAGAAGAAAAAUCAGCUCACAAACGCAAUACAGUCAUCUUUUUCUAGAAAGAAUUCAAGUUCGCACUUUAAAAAAAUUAAGAGAAAGGAAAACACUUCUAUAAAAUUGAUAACCAAAACGGAAAACGUGAAGAGAAGUCUUGUGAAAGAAAUGUGAUUCGAAAACGGGAAUGACAAUGAGUUGGAUAGUUUUUUUUAUUAACAUAAAAACAAUCAGCCAAUGCUGCAAAGCUAUGAAUGACGUAAUUUAUUGGAAGAGAGAAGAAUCAAAUCAAGGAUCUAGAAACAAGAGAGAGAACAAAUUAUAACACUUUCUGAGGACAACACGCAUGCCAUACAAUCUCAUUCUGUUCGAACAUAAGUUGUUAUAAGACUGAAACCUAUUGCGCAAAAAUAAA